AAUUUUUGGCUUAGGAUUUAUCUUAGAAUUUAUCCUGGUGGCACUGUGGGGACAGUUUGUGCCAAAACUGUGUAGUGUGAGUCUGACCGCUUGCUCAUACUGUAGGACAGCAUUCGUGCUCAGUCUUCCCCUUCCAGAAGGAUAUGGAACUUAGACUGGAAAUAGCAAUAUUCUUUGAAGGUUACUGUGGGAUUGCAGCCUACACCUGCCUGGAGAUGGAUGCUGUGCUCCUGGGGGGCUGUGCAGCCAUCCCAUUGCUGCUCUGUCCCUGAUGGUACUGCACUGGGCAGUGCUGCUGGGUGACAGAGUGGCCUUGGGUCAAACAAAGCCAGUGAAAGGCAAUAAGGACACACAUCCAUGUGCUCUCAGACCUCCUGCAGCCCUAAUAGGCUGCACCACAAGUUGCCAGUGCUUCUUUGACCACUGAACAUCCCUGACAAUCUGUACACAGAGUUUACAGAGUCCCCUCAUGCUCAGUGCCAGCCUCAUAAACGCCCAAUUUGUAUUUUGCUUUCUAGGGACAAUUUGAGGUUGAUACUUUUUAUUCAUGUUUCAUGAAAGAUUUCAAAACCCAGAAACUAUUUCUGUGGAAUCAUCACAAGGAAUUUACAUAGCAAGAUAAACACUGAAACUCUACUUUUCCCCUUCAUCACUCAUCAAUGUUCUCAGUGCUCUGGAAUUUGCAGUGGAUUUUACACUAUCCCUAAGAGCACCUAGUCUCCUCUUCUGAACUUCCUUUCUUUGAGUCAUGAAAUAUCUGAUUUCUUUUCUUGGAUGGUUUUCUGCUCUGCCUCAAUGGGCAAAAAAACCCCCUCUUUUUACUCAUAAUCACCGUCUUUCCUCCUCUGCCUGAGGUUCUUUUGUUGUUUUCGUUUUUGGUUUUUUUUUUUUCCAUUGAAACUCACAAAGAGUUUUCACUCUAUUUUCACGUAGUUUUUAUACCUGACUUUUGGGAAAUACCAUUCCUUCAGAUCAUUAAUCUCAGCUGAGAGACCUAGGUUUAUCCAAGAUGUUGCAAUCUCCUCUGUAUUCUUUAGGCUAAAGGUACUCCCCUAGUGACAGUCCUCAGUGAUUGGCCUGCUCUUAAGUAAACAGGCAACUUGAAUUUUUGUCCUUUACAACAGCAUGACCAAGUGAGAAGAGGUGUGUGUACAGACAGUCCCUGAAAUCAAACUGGGGUGUUUCUGUCUGCCGGUAGAGAGACUUCUCUAAUUGUUCAGAGAGAUUGCCCUCGUGUGCCACAGCCCUGGCUGCACCGGCCAAAUGCUCAACACCUUGGUCAUGUCACUCCCUUGGGGGGUGUGAGUCAGAGAGCAGCCUCAGCGCUGUACUCAGCACAGAUCUCAGCUCUGUGGGUAGUAAACGAUACCUGUUUCCUUUUCUGGCAAAAACAAGCUUCAACACUUGCCAGGACUUGCAGGUGAGCAGCCUGGUUUCCUCUUCUCUCAGACAAUUUUCAGGGAAGGUCUCACUGUGCCUGCCUGUGUUUGGGAAGCUCAUAUGUGGUUCUCUGUCCUUGCAUACUCUAAAGCUUGUCCCCAGACUCCCCUGAAUUCAUCCUUGAGCUGAAACUCAUGUAUAAGGGUAAACAUCUGAUUGUGAGUUAUUAUGAGUAUGGGCAGGUGCGCAGAGCAGCAGGUGUGCAGAGCAGGCACAGCUGCAUUACUCUGGUUUCAGAGUGAAGGCACAAGCUUCACAACUAGACCAGAAAAUGGGAAUGGCCAGACAACAGUGCUCCAGUCCAUGUUGCUGGUGGCAGCUGGUUGUAGAGCCAGGAAAUAAUGCAAGAACAGUGAUCCUUCCCCAAAAUGCAUUAUAGCCUGCCCUGAUCCAUGUCUGAAUAAACCUUGAGCCGGUGCCAGUACUUUUAGCUUUAAUUUUGUUCCCUCGAUUUUCCCUCCAUAAAUUCAGCUGUUUGUUUUUUAAACUUCUGGCACUUGCAGCAUUCUACAGGAAGGAGUUUUGCAGAUUUACUCUGUAUUUCACAGGAAAGAGCAACACCUUGUUUCUUUUGAACCCUGUGACUUGCUGUUUCAUUUGAAGUCCCCAAGGUUCUAGAGGAAAAGGGCGGACUUGUAGGACCACAUGUGUUUAGCUCAGGUUUAUAUUGUCAAGAAAAACCUUAAAAAGAUUUUGUUGUUUAUCUGCAGGCUGCUUUUUCUUCUCUCUCUCCCACUUACUCCUCCAUCCACCCAGGGGAAACACCUCUGCUGAACCUUAGCUCCAAGCUCUGUUUUGCAGGCAGCACCCAGAUGUCUUUGCCCAGAUGUCAGGAGGAUCUAAGACCUCUGCAAAUCUUCCCUGGGAUUAGUCAGGAUUGUGUCCAGCCUGGUCAGCAGUGAGAGGCAGACUGUGUUUGACCAUGGUAGCAGUUGAAGCAGCCAAAGAUCACAGCUUUCAGGGCUGGAGAGGGCAACAGCACAAGGAAAGUUUAACCCUUCAUCUGCUGCUCACUCCUGCAGGGCUGCCAUUCAGUACAAAGUUUUACAAAAAAGUUGUUGGAAAAGACUUUUUUCAAAUGACUCACAUUGCCCAUAAACCACAGGUCAGUGAAUAGCACCAAAACCAGAGCUUUUACCUACACAGAUGAAUUGAAACCAUCAUUUCCAGGACCAAAGCUCAGAUUUCCUCCUUGGUAUUGAAAUUUGUGGUCGAUGGAGGGAGCAUCCAUUGGAGGGACUGACAGGAUUUAUUUGAUACUGACUACACACAGGGAAUCUAAUCUGAAAAUACGAUUUAAAAUUAUUCAUUCUCAAAUACUGGAGACAGAACAAGCAUAAACCAAUCUAUGUUUGGUCAGCAGACAUGACCUGGAAUUCCUAAUCAUCUGGAGAUAAACCAAGCUAAUAAUCAACCCUCUUCUUGCAGUCAUUCAAACAUUCAUAUUUUCCCACCAGUUUUAAUAAGGUUACAGUUUUGGGAGUAGUUUAAUUCCACUCUUCACAUGAUGGAUUUCAUCUGGCUGUAGCUAAAAUGUGUUUACAUGUAACACACUGAAGUUGUGUGAGGCUGGCUGAACUCCUGACUUCUCCUGCAAACCUCUCUCUCGUGAGGACUCUGAAAGGAAUCGUGUCUCCUCCCCAGCUUCUCAGUUUUCACCUGUUACCUUUGUUUUUUCUUCUCUUCUGAAUCAGCAACUAACAAAUGACUACAGGGCCAGAGACUGUGCCUCAGAAUGCCCCAAAAACACUGGAAUCUUUCUCGUCUGUGAGUACAAAAUGCCGUGGUCUGUGGUGGGAAUGUGUCACAAAUGUUUUUGAUGGGAUCCAAACUUGUGAUGAGUAUGACUCCAUCUACGCCGAGCAUUCUGUGAAACUGGUCCUGACCCGAGCCAUGAUGAUAACAGCAGACCUCCUGUCAGGAUUUGGAUUUCUCUUCCUGGUCCUGGGACUGGAUUGUGUGAAAUUUCUUCCUGAUGAGCCGCUCAUCAAGCUGCGAAUCUGCCUGGUGGCUGGGGUUAUGUUGCUCCUUGCAGGUCUCCCUGGCAUCACGGGCUCCGUGUGGUACGCCGUGGAUGUCUACGUGGAGCGCUCCUCUCUGCUCUUCCACAACAUCUUCCUGGGCAUCCAGUACAAGUUUGGUUGGUCCUGCUGGCUUGGCAUGGCGGGGUCACUUGGCUGCUUCUUGUCCGGGUCCCUGCUCACCUGCUGCAUGUAUCUCUUCAGAGAGAGCAGUUCUGGAAGAUUCCAUCCUGCCUACUCCUUGAGGAAAGGCUAUUCCUCAGCUGCGACUGUUGUAACCAACGUGCAUUUGCCUUCCUCGCAAACAGCCACCUCCAAAAUGUAUGCAGUGGACACAAGGGUGUGAGGAGGAGCAUUUGUUUCAACAGUAUUGGUGGAAGUGAGAUAAAUCAGCCAUUCCUGAAUCAGACUGCAGUGUUCUGCAUGAAGACCCCCAAACUGCAAGAUGGAUCUGUUCCAUGUCUGGCAAUGUGUCAACAGAGUGUACAAAGGAGAAAAUCCUGCCAAAGGGAGGGAAUGACUGCCUGACCAACAUCUGGACCCUGUGCCCUCAGCAGGGGGGUCUGCCCCUCUUACAGGCACCUGGGGAGCGCUUCAAGAGAUAAGAACUUUGUUAAAUAUCUGACCCUCUCUUUGGUCCAUGAGUCUGCACUGAGAAAUGAUUGUAAAUGCAGGUGCAUUCUUGCCUGAAAAAUACAGUCCUUCUCAGUCAGUGUUAAAAGGUACACUACUAAACUGUGAAAUCUGGAAAUUGCCAGCUUCAUUCUGCUUAAUAAAAACAUUGCUUGGGCAA